UCCACACAGCUUGGAGUAGUCAAAUGUCUAAAGAGAAAGCAAUAAUAAGAAAAAUAAAUUAACAGCAAAAACUUGUACAAACAGAAAUCGUCUUGUACUUAACUGGUGCAGUCAAGAAAUUCAUAUCAGUUUUACGUUGUGAAUUCGUUGAUUUGGUGUCGCAGAUUUUUGCUGAAAUUGUUUUAUUUUAAAAGUAAAAGGCAUAUUGAUGUACAAAAAUGAAAUGAUGCAGAGGCAAACGCUGCCAUUACUGCUCGCGGCAGCUUUGCUGUCGUCUACCUGUGUAGCUUACAAUAUUCUCUUUAUGUGUCCCUUCCCAGCGCCAAGUCAUUGGAUGUGGAUGGAGCAUUUUUCAUCAGAACUAUUGCGACGCGGACACAAUGUCACCACGCUGACCAAUCAUCCAGUCAAGCAGCCACAUCCCAACUUAACGCAGAUCAUUAUUGAGCCACACUUUAAUAUAACAUAUUACUAUCGCAAAGAGGAUAUUUUUAAAAUGCAUUUUUCCAGCGAAUUCGCAAAUUUGAAUGUAUACUGGCAUGUCGGCUUAUUGAGCUCGGAACACGCGCUCGCUCAGCCGGCAGUUAAAGCUUUGAUCGCUAGCAAGCAUCUCACAUUCGAUCUUAUUGUUUUGGAACAAUUCUUUCACGAGAGUUUUCUGAUGUUUGCGCAUAAAUUUAAAUGUCCUGUGGUGACUUUGGGCACCAUGGGCUAUGCUGAUAAUAUGGACCAUGCUAUGGGUCUGCUUACACCUUGGUCAUUUGUUCCGCACUUAUUUCUCUCGCAUACAGAUCGCAUGGACUUCUUUGAAAGAGCUUGUAACACUUAUCUGUCGCUGUAUGAUGCUGUGCUAAGGCGUUGGUAUUAUAUGCCGAGAAUGCAGGAGAUGGCUGAGAAAUAUUUUGAAGGAUUUAUUGAAGGUCCUCUCCCGCAAUUGAGUGAACUUGUUCAAAAUAUAUCGCUUAUGCUAAUCAAUAGCCAUCGGGCUAUGGACGCGCCUCGACCCAGCAUGCCCGGCCUAGUUAAUGUGGGUGGCAUACAUAUCAAGCCAGCCAAACCAUUACCAAAAGAUUUGCAGUCUUACCUCGACAACUCCACACAUGGCGUCAUUUACUUCAGUUUAGGCUCAUACUUGCAAAGCACCGACAUUCCAUUCGAAAAAAUCCAGCUACUCCUGAACGCAUUCGCCCGGCUCGAGCAAAAUGUAUUGUGGAAAUUCGAGAACCACGACACCAACACAAAGCUACCAAAAAAUGUUAAAAUCUAUAAAUGGCUACCACAGAAUGAUAUUUUAGCUCAUCCCAAUUUGAAGCUAUUCAUUACUCAUGGUGGCAUCUUUAGCACCCAAGAGGGUAUCCAUUGGGGUAAACCGCUCUUGUGUAUACCAUUCUUUGGUGAUCAACAUCGCAAUGCUAUGAAAGUGACACGUGCUGGAUAUGCACGCACGUUGAGUUUCGAUACAAUUACUAGCGAAGACUUAGUGCAUAAUAUACGAAUGUUAAUCAAUGAUGACAUAUAUAAACGUAAAGCCAUGGAGGCAUCGCGCCUCUUUAGAGAUAACCCCACAAUAGCUUUACAGGAGGCCUCCUUCUGGCUGGAAUAUGUGAUAAGGCAUAACGGCGCAAUCCAUUUGAAGUCCCAUGGCGCUUACAUGCCGCUUUAUCAGUAUUUGUUGUUGGAUGUGUUGGCUGGUGUAGUUUUAUUUUUAUUUCUGGUAGUUUCGUUAAUAGCUUUUUUGGGAAAAGUGAUAAGUAGACUUAUGUUGUCGCCAAGGCGCAAAGCGCGCUCAAGUGAAGGCGUGUCGAAAAAAACAAUAAAAAAGAUUGACUAAUAUUUUAUAAUUUA